AUGGACUUAACUGGUGGAGAAUCAUGUUCAAGCUCUCGUUCUUCCCCGUUUUCUGCAAAUGGUACUGGCCUCAGCCUGCUGUGCAGCGCACUUGACCAACGACCUGAUCUCAUAGAUUCAUCAAACAGUUCUGAAGGUUCAACAUCACCAUCGCCGUCGCAGUGUGGUUCAGGCAUUUCACAGCGAAGAUCAUUUACAAAUGACAAUACACGAGAUGAAGCAUAUUGGGAAAAAAGAAGGAGAAAUAACGAUGCAGCUAAAAGAUCAAGGGAAAAGCGAAGAAUGAAUGACAUUGUCAUGGAGCAGCGGCUGAUAGAGCUAACAAAGGAAAAUACAAUUUUAAAGAACCGUCUUCAGCAGCAACACGACUUUGCGUCACCGGCAACAAAUCUACAAAGUUUACCACAUCAUGAUUCCGUCAUCGUUGCGGGACCUAAAUAUGAGACUGCUUCAUUACCAGCUCCAUCAAUAACUGCUUACACCGAUUAUGUGAAUCCUGCCGGCGCGUCGACGAAGUUACAAGCCGUUUUUCCGCAAUUAUUAGGUGCAAAUCCCUUACUGGCUUCAGGCCCCUCACCAACUUUACCGUCACAAAGCAUUCCAAUGCUUCACCUUUGCCAUCUCCAAGCUGCUUUCCAAACACAACAGUACCGCACUCCCUCAGCUGCUCACAUUUCUUUGGGAAAUGGCGCUUUUCAGCCAUUCCAAAGUACGCGCGAUGUUAUUCCGCGACGAAGUAGCCCUGAUUCUUCUACUAAUGACUCAAUUCCAUUGGACCAUUCCUAUAGGGAACCUUUAGAGCUGAGGCAGAUGCCGUCAUACCGAUGCCCGAGCAAUCAAGCAGGAAGGGAUAGUGAAAGUGCAGAAAACUGGCAAAAUCAUUCAUCUCAUUUGUCCCAUGAACGACUAGACAAUGACCAACAAAAACCUCAGUCGUUACUGGAAUUGCUUUCAACCAGGCGACCGUCUCCUUUAGUACCAGAAACGAGAACCGACAUUCAUUCUGGCCUUGCUAACACAGCUUUUAGAGAGUGCGAUCUGAAAAACUGCCUAAGUAGCUUAAACGUUAAUUUAUGCACCAGCAAAAGUGAUGUCGAUAGUAUGGGUUCUCCAAAUAGCAAUCAAAGUACAACAGAUUCGACUCACUCAACUCAUUCACAAUCAAGUCCAACAUCUAGUCAGCCCAAUGCCGCAAUUGUCAAAGCGCUUAAAGCUCGUCCCUCCAGUAAAGUCCAGCAGCAGUAUAUGGAUCGUAGAAGAAGGAACAAUGAAGCAGCUAAGCGCUGUAGAGCUAAUCGCCGUGCACAGUUUGAACUUCGAUCGAAACGUGCUCAACAACUUGAACAAGAAAACAAUGAAUUGCGGAAAGAGAUGAACCGGUUAAAGCAAGAGAUUGAACAGCUAAAAGCUAUGCACGCUGUCCAAAAUGCGUCUAUUUUACAACAGUAA